UUCUCCAGGCACCUGAGAGACAAUGAUGAUUCUCUUGGUUGGCUUGUUCCUGAUGCUGGCUGUCCUGUCAUUCUGGAGAGUAGCAAGAGGAAAGCUGGACUCCAAGCUCAAGUAUCCCAGAAGCCUUCCCUCCCUGCCAGUUAUUGGUAGCCUGUUGCAUUUAGGUGGCUCCAAGCAGCCCCAUCUCUUAUUUUCCAGUCUGCAGCAAAAAUACGGUAGUGUCUUCUCCCUAUACAUGGGUUCCCAUUACACAGUAGUGAUCAACGAUUAUCUUCAUGCCAAGGAAGUGCUACUUAAAAAAGGGAAGAUCUUUGCUGGCAGACCUCGAAUGGUUACUACAGACUUGUUGACCCGGAAUGGAAAAGACAUUGCCUUUGCUACUUAUAGUCCAAUGUGGAAAUUUCAGCGCAAGAUGGUACAUUCUGCACUUUCCCUGUUUGGUGAAGGAUCUCAGGCUCUGGAGAAAACUAUCUCUCAACAAGCAACUUUUUUGUGUGCAACUUUGAGUGCUACAGAGAAUUCAUCUUUGGACCUGGGUCCUGAACUAACACGUGCUGUUACAAAUGUAGUGUGCUCCCUUUGUUUUAAUUCAUCCUACCAGCUUGGAGAUCCUGAGUUUGAGUCCAUGCUUCAAUAUAGCCAAGGCAUUGUGGACACUGUGGCUAAGCAGAGCAUGGUGGAUAUCUUCUCGUGGCUUCAGUAUUUCCCGAAUAAAGAUUUGGCUAUGCUGAAGAAAUGUAUUGAAAUGAGGGACAAGCUCUUACACCAGAAGUUUGAGAAACAUAAAGAAGCGUUCAGCAGUGAUUCUGUUAAUGAUCUAAUGGAUGCACUUCUGAGGGCCAAAUUGAACAUGGAGAACAACAAUAAACAUCUAUUUUGUGAACAAGAACUAACAGAUGACUACUUACUCAUGACAGUGGCUGAUAUAUUUGGAGCUGGUGUUGAGACUACAACAACUGUGUUGAAAUGGAUUGUGCUCUAUCUCCUAUAUUACCCAGAGGUACAACAGAAGAUCCAAGAGGAACUGGAUCAAAAAGUUGGUUUUAAUAGACAUCCUGUACUUGCUGAUCGACAGCAUUUGAAUUACCUGGAGGCUACCAUUAGUGAAGUUCUGCGUAUUCGGCCGGUUGCGCCACUUCUUAUCCCUCAUGAGGCACUGGCAGAUACAAGCAUUGGGGAAUAUCAUAUCCCCAAGGGAACUGAAGUUGUAAUCAACCUGUGGUCCAUUCACCAUGAUGAGAAAGAGUGGGAUAAGCCAGGGAAAUUUAACCCAGAUCGUUUUCUGGAUGAGGGUGGGAACCGGAUCUAUUCUCCCUCACCCAGUUUCCUCCCCUUUGGGGCUGGUAUCCGUGUUUGCCUGGGAGAAACCCUGGCCAAGAUGGAGCUGUUUCUCUUUAUAGCCUGGAUCUUGCAAAAAUUCUCACUCAGUGUUCCUGAGGGAGAUACACUGCCUGAACCAGAGGGUAAAUUUGGAGUUGUGCUUCAAGUACCAAAAUACAAAGUAAAUGCUACUUUGCGAGAACCUUGGAAAGAAAAAGUAAUAGAGCAAUAAUACUUUUUGAGUCUCAAAUAAUCUAAUAGAAGACAAAUAAUUGUUUUAGUUGAAUCUGUAAAGUUAAGAUAAGUUUAGAUUAAGAGAUACAACAAUAGGAUCCACUAGGUUCAAAACAGAAAAGACAUUAGAACUCGAAACUAUUUUUCCCAAUAAACUGGAGGUGUUGCAAGGUAGAAUUGGUAGGAUGGUUUUUUUUGCCAUGGGGGAAUGCUAUAACAUCAACAAUUCCCUAUAUAUUCAGAAGCAAGGUCAUCUAAACUGUCGCACAUAAUCCUUAGAUUUUGAAAUAAAAAAUACAAAUCAUGAUUUUCAAGAAAAAAAGAUGUAUUCAAGAAAAAAGAUUGAAGCCCAUCUUUAAGAAAGACAGAAUAUUAACACCUCUUUUUAGAACGAUGCAAUGUGAGAAAAGCAACACAACCAUCUAUACCAUUUUUCUAUUGUCUACAUUCUCUUAAGGAGAUCAUGAUGGAUAAACCUAGACAUACUUUUUUGGACACAUUAUUUUCUCUAUUUCUCUUUUCUGAUAUGCUGUACAGAACUCUCCACACAUGAAUUAACAAUUAACAAUUUAGAACUUUUCAAAAACCGUUAUAUUUUCCAUUUUGCCAAAUGGUAUUGUUACAUAUCUGCCUCCUAUUACACAUUCUUUGUAUUAUACUCAUCCCAUACAUAUUCCUUGAACAUUUGGGCUGCAUUGGUAAGAAGCACAUUUUCAACUGUGUAAUAGGUCUGUUUACCAAUAGAACAUAUACAAUAAUUUUCUAAUUUGAAAUAAAAUUAAAAUGAAAGACAAACAUUUUGAUUUUCUAAACGUGACUUUACAAAUAUACUGUAAUUUCACAAAUAGCCAUAAAAUAUUUCAUCUGAAGUAACCUGAGGCAAGUAAUAUUUCUGUCUAAGCAAUCUGUUAGGCUUCUAUGGUAAGAGGGUCAGCUUUUAUCUACAUAACAAAACUCAAAGUGAUGAACACUUUUUCCUCUGGCCUAUCUCUAGCUAUAUGCAUAUAACUAGAUUAUAAUAUAAGGAAUGUAUAAUAGGAGGCUAUAUGUGAACCAAUGUUGUACAGUUAGUAUAGUGUAUUGGAUAGCAACUUGGAAGAUUCAUAUUUCAGUCUAUCUUCAGGAAUAGAAACUCACUGGUUAUUUGAUCUACUCAGGCACUAUGUAUAAAUGGUGGAGUCUUUAUUUUCAUUGUGCUUUAGCAGCUAUGUGACAAUGGGAUAAUCUUGUUCAAUAGAAAUCAUCACAUAUACAGCACAUAUACAUAUACAUAUUAUCAAUACAGAAUCAAAGAUCCUAACUGCCCUAAUGAAAGAGGGAAUUAUAACAUGGGAAAAGUUGUUUUCUCAGAUAUAUCAAUUAAAUUUCUUAGUCAGUUGUAGAAUGAAAGUAGAGAACAAAAACCGGUCAGGAAGUGGAAUCCACUAGAGUAUAGAUCUAUGAUAAUCAUGUAUAUUAAAUGCAUGCAUAUUUCAGGAGAUGCUUAAGAUGUUAUACCCAAUUGUUCGCAUGUCUGUGAGUAUAUUCAGGUAUACCUCUUUCUUACAUGUUCAGACAGAGGGUAGAUACAGUAGAAUGUAUUUAUAUUAAUAAAGUUACUCAGCCAAAAUGUAAUAAGUUACCCAUACCUUUAACACAUUUCCACUUUGCAUACUACUAUAAUUUGUAAAAAAUUAAACUGUAGUACUUUUGAAGCUUGAUAUUUUUAAAAGAUUGGAGUCUUUGACUAGCAAAGCAGCACUUAAUUAAUAUUGAAAAGUGUCUCCUCUUUAAGUCAUUCACUGGGAAAACACAUUUGAAAAAAAAGCCCAUUAAUUAAGAGUCAUAGAAGUAUUGUAAUCUAUAUAUAUAAAAGCAAAAACCACUCAUGCAUUAAUCACGGAAUCUCCAGAACCAUAAAGCCUACAAACUUGAAAUUUGCCACGUAUAUUCCCCUUGGCUUCUAGGUGCUCACUAAGAAAAGAUUUUUCGAAAUGACCAUCAGAGCAUUAGUAUUUCCUCUAUUAUUAAAACAUGCUCUGAUGCUAAUUAGUUAGACGUUCUACUCUCGCUCCCAACUUGAAAAUAACUCUGGAGAGUAUGGGAUAGUAUAGGACAGGCUUCUGUGGGGCAAGCCUCAUGGAGAGAAGGGGCUAGAAAGCCUGAGGGAGAGAAUGGGAGAGGAGAGGAUCUAUGGGGCCAACCUGAAGGAGAGAAAGGGGAUAGGAGAAGAUCUAUGAGGCCAGCCUGAGGGAGAGAAGGGGAGAGGAGAGGAUCUAUGGGGCCAGCCUGAGGGAGAGAAGGGGAGAGGAGAGGAUCUAUGGGGCCAGCCUGAGGGAGAGAAGGGGGUAGGAUAAGAGAGGAUUCUGUGGAGCUAACCUGAGGGAGAGGAGAGGCUUGUGUGGGGCCAGCCUGAGGGAGAGAAGGGGAGAGGAGAGGAUCUAUGGGGCAAGCCUGAGGGGGAGAAGGGGAGAGGAGAGGCUUCUGUGGGGCCAGCCUGAGGGAGAGAAGGGGAGAGGAGAGGAUCUAUGGGGCAAGCCUGAGGGAGAGAAGGGGAUAGAGAGGAGAGGCUUCUGUGGGGCAAGCCUGGGAGAGAAGGGGAGAGGAGAGGCUUCUGUGGGGCUAGCCUGAGGCAGAGAUGGGGAGAGGAGAGGAUCUAUGGGGCAAGCAAUCCCAUUGCGAACCGGUGGUAAAGGUAAAUUGAACCCACCUCUGGUUUGCGUAUAUACAAAUUUUGACUAAAUGUGGACUUAUUAAGUGUCAGUGAAUGUAACUAAGUUUUCUAUUUCUAUCAAAAAUACUUAAUUUCAAAAAAUAUUUAAUUAUGCUAUUGGAAAUUGAGUUAGCAAAUACUUAAAAUAAUUAAUGAAGAAUUUUGCUAUUGUUAUAGUGGCCUUCAACCAUCGAUUUUGAAAGGCUAUGCAAUAUAUUUUUUAUUCUAAAUCCUAUUAAUUUUACUUUGUAUUGUAACAUAAGAAUAUAAUUUUAUAUUCUUGUUUUAUAUCAUUUUAUUAUGUUGCUUGUAAACCAUCCAGGAUCAUUUAGAUUAGAUGGGUGGUAUAGAAAUUUAAUAAUAGAAAAACAAUAUCUAAAGUUGAAAGUAAUAUCCACACCUGAUUUAUAAAAUACAUUGUUCAUUUAGAUCAAGGUUAAUAAAGAGUAAAGCCCUUUGA